GACCGUGUGGGUUUAAAUGAGAUCCUUAAAAUGCGUGUGGAUGCAGCGGAAUUAAAUACCAGUCUGGGAAGAGAUGUGAUUCUUCAAUAUGGCUUUGAGUUGAUCAAUAAUACCCUGAAAAACGAUCUGGUACCUCAGCUACUUUUGGAGACGCUCAAAGAUAUUUAUCAGAACUUUAUUUCAAACAAACACAGCCUUGAUGGAAUUGGGGACGAAACAUUUGGUCAUAUCACGCCGAAACUCAUCACUUCAAAGUUAAAUAAAAUUAUUCAACCGGAAGAAUUCAUUUGGACGAAUGAUUUGCGUGACAAUAAUAUCCAAAGCCCUUUUGAAACAAGUAGUAUUAAUAAAGGACAAAGAACUGUUUGGUGCACAGUUUUAGCUGACAGAGCCAUGAAAAAUGCUCUGGCAUUCGACAUUUUUGAAGAUAUUCUAAUGGACGUAUUCAAAUAUAUAAUACCAAAAGGCGCGAAGUAUAUAAUGGAAGAGCAACAGAUUUUCAUCAGCAUUUCUGAAGAAACGGUAGGUGAAUUGAUUGCAGAGUUGGCUAGCAAAGAAUACAACCUCCAAAUUGAAAUUUUACAAUUACAUCUAUUGAAAACGAUUGAUGGUAUAGCGAGAAAGAACCCUGGUGAAGUAUUAGCGUCUAUGGCUGUUGAUGUACUAUUACCCAUUGCAGUUCCUGGUCCGAUUACCGGAACGUAUACUAGCAAUCCAGUUGAAGAAAAUACAUUAAAAAAUAUGGCAUUUGACGUACUACUGGAUAAAGUCUGUUCAAUUAGUGAGGCUGAUAAAACUGUGAAUGAAUGUCUUCCUCUAACGACUUAUCAUGAAAUGAUAAAUGAGAAUAUAUUUUUCAUGGAAACACUCGAAAUGCUGAAGUACCAUAUAGACAAUGAUCUUGCAGAUAUUGAUCUUAUGGAGACAGAAGAAAGAUCCGUGUCGGAAAGGUUUAUAGAAAAUAUUUAGUGUAUAAUAUUUCGAAAUUCUGAAAAGAGAAAACGCUGAUAUACCUUUCAAUGCAGAAUUUUUUUCAACUACUUAUCAGAAUUAUCUGAUGAGUGCCUCUAUUUACUGGAUGAUAAAACGUGGAUUAUGCAACAUGUAAUAAAUAAUGUUCUAAUACUAUAUUGUUCGCGAAAAUAUUUCCCUAUUUUAUCUUGUUUAAAGACGGUAUAAAAUAAGUUAAUUAAUACAACUUUGUUCACCCUGUAAACAAAUCAAGCGGAUCAUGACAGUGAUGACCACUUCAUUUUAGUUCUAUUUAAUUUGAUCUACUUUGGAAGUAAUCAAUACAGAAAUAUAUAUAUAUAUAUAUAUA